UGUCUUUGAAACCAGAGCUCUUUGAAGGAUUGCGAUUUGACUUCACGAAGGGACUCAAUCAGAAAUUUUCACUCAGUCACAGUGUGUAUAUGGGAUCGACAGAGGUUCCUUCUCCAUCUUCAGGCACUAUUAAAGUCCCUACGGCACAUUAUGAGUUUGGUGCUAACUUUCUGGAUCCAAAGUUGAUGCUUAUUGGGAGGGUAUUGACUGAUGGAAGGUUGAAUGCACGAGUCAAAUGUGAUUUAACUGAUAAUUUAACAUUGAAAAUUAAUGCCCAGCUCACGAAUGAGCCACAUUUCUCUCAAGGCAUGUUUAACUUUGAUUACAAGGGCAAAGAUUUCAGGGCUCAGUAUCAAAUGGGGAAUAAUGCCUUUUAUGGGGCCAAUUAUAUCCAGAGUGUCACACCACAUUUAUCUUUGGGAAGUGAAGUUUUUUGGCUUGGUCAUCAGAGGAAGUCUGGCAUAGGUUUUGCUGCUCGAUACAACACAGACAAGAUGGUUGCAACAGCGCAAGUUGCAAGCACUGGAAUAGUUGCACUGUGCUAUGUUCAGAAAGUUUCAGAGAAGGUUUCCCUUGCCUCUGAUUUCAUGUACAAUCACAUGACAAGAGAUGUUACUUCAAGCUUUGGUUAUGAUUAUAUCCUUAGGCAGUGUCGUUUAAGGGGAAAACUUGAUUCCAGUGGCUGUGUGGCUGCUUUCCUUGAAGAGCGAUUAAAUAUGGGUGUCAAUUUUAUUCUUUCUGCAGAGAUCGAUCAUCGGAAGAAAGACUACAAAUUUGGGUUUGGAAUGACAGUUGGAGAGUAAACUUCUUGAUUACCUUUUCUUAUAGAAGAUGGGAUUACUUGUUUUCUUACUCAGUUUUCACUAUCUGGGACUUCAUCGGUUGCCCGGGCCCACAGGUCUGAACUCAGCUGGUCAAGAUCUGGGUGGCUUCUAUGUCAAAAUUGGAGGUCCAAUGAGAAAAGGAAACCUUUUGUAUUUUUCUGAGCUCACAUUAUUUGUAUGCUUUUGGCGGCCAUUUGACAAUGUGCCAUUUGAAGGCCAUGAUUUUCCGUUCCAAGAAAGUAAAGCUGCAAAUUUAUGCUCAUUGAGGUAAUUGUUCGUGAAUAUCCUGAAAUAAUGUUUUACAGGAGCAUUGGAAGUUUGUUGUACUGGUUUAGAAAUUUCU